GAGCGCAAAUGCUCGUGGCAGGAUCAUGAAGUUGGUAAGACUUCUGAUACUGUGUUUCCUUGUGGUCUGUUUAGAGGGGCGGAAGGCCAACAGACCUAAGGAUAACUCCCAGCCUCCCAAGGAGCAAGACAGGCUAGAGGAUGAGAAAGAUGAUAUCUUUGGGGAGCAGAAGAGGAUGCUGGCAAAGCAGCCUGCCCCUGAGGAUGAGAUGGAGCAAGGGCCUAGCAAGAAAGACAUACCGAAGGAUGUGUUGAAUGACCCUGACCUGAUGAAGGAGGCGCACAAGUUGCAGUACUAUGGUAUCAGAAUUGGAGCGAGAGAAGAAUGUACACCAACCUGUAAGAGGAAGCAGUUGUGUUUAGUUGACACUGCCAUCAACAAAAUGAAAUGCAUUAGCAAACACAAGUUAAAAAUUAAAGGGAAAUAUUAUCUCUCUAAAUUUGCUCUGCGAUGGAAACGGCGAUUAAGGAACAAACGGAAGAGAAAGGACAAGAAGUUAAUGACAGUGAAAACAAAUGAUGUGGAAAAUUUAACUAAAGAUAUUCCAGAUCGAAUGACGCAUAAGGAAUAUAUGAAGAAGAAGCUUGAUGACAUGAAAGCUCGGCAGAAAGCCUUUGAAAACAAAAUCCAGAAGACAGCAGCACCACCAGAGAAAACAGGAGAAGAGGAAGAUGAGGAAGAGGGAGAAAAGGAUGGACAAGGGCCUGACAAUGUGUUAAAUCCUGGACAGGACUCCAAAUCAUGUACGAAACAACAGCUGGCCGAUAUGGGGCGGAGACUCCUUGAUUGGUUCAAAUUACUCCAAGAAUAUCACAAGAAACACCCAGAAUUAAAGAGACGGAGAUCCAAGAGGCGAAAAGGGAAGGCAAAGGACUUGUCAAAACAGGGCAAGUGUAGCUGCCUGCAGCCUGUCUCUUGGCAGUUCUCCCACCUGGACGUCGAUAACGAUGGCCACCUCUCAUCCCAUGAAAUGAAAGACGUGGAGAAUAAUGGCUAUGAACAGUGCGUCAAGCCGUUCAUUGAAUCCUGUGAUGUCAAUAAAGAUAAGGUCUUCACAGGAGAAGAAUGGUGCUGCUGUUUUGCAGAAGUUUUACCACCCUGUUUAUCAACUGUCAAAAGUCUACCUGUCCAAACAGAUCGCAAAGGAAGACCAAAGGUUACCCCUGGAUUAUUUGUACCAAAAUGUGAUAGCGAUGGUUUCUACCUCCCAGAGCAGUGUCAUUCCAGUGUGGGACAAUGUUGGUGCGUCGAUAGGAAUGGAAGGGAGCUUGAUAAGUCAAGAGUCAGGGGAAAUGCAGACUGCCAGGCAUCAAACACGUACAUCAGGAGUUAGGCAAUAAUGAUCUCAUAACUAUUUGAAAGACUAUUAAAAAGGAUGAUCCUGUGUGAUGUUGGAGUAUUGCGGGAAGAGCCGACUGGAUUUGCUUAAGUGUCGGGAUUACAUAUCUAAGACAAGUCGUAUAGAUGCUAUUUCAUAUGAGCUAUCAGUUAAUGUCAAGAUGUCGAACAGGAUAUAUAUACAGGAAAUGGAUGAAAAAUAUUGCGAUAAAAAGAAAUACUGUGAAAUUUCAUUGGAAAUACCAUACCAGCUUUGGAGCUCGAGUUACCCCUACCAUUGAUAAACUGUACAUAAUAGGCGUUUUCAUCAUGUUGCAAUAAUGAAUGUCAGUUUUUGUUUCUUCAUCAUGUUAUGUAAAAAAUAUCUUAUCCUUCUUUGCUUUGAGAACGAAGCAUUGCUAAGACCAGAACUAGUGCUUUUAUGUUUUUUGCAGUGGAAGCGUUAUAAUUGUGUUGUCUCAUGUAUGAAUCUCAUCAACUAUUGCUUGUGAGUUACAAUUACAGAAUCACCCUGACUAAUCAGUAAUUGCAUGCUGGACUAUAUUUUAACAUGCAGAAAACAUGUUACAGGCCAUGGGGCCAGGUUCUAGCAAAUCAGCAUUGUUCCUUUUUGUCACGAGCAAGGUUUGAAAAUCAAACGUUGGUAGGUGAUAGAGGUCACCAACAUUAGCAGACAGCCACUUAGUGACUGUAUGCUAAUGUGGGUACAUGUACUCACUGAUCGAGUGAAGUCUUGUCGGGUACAAAGUUUUGAGGUUCUUGUAGAGUAUGGAAGAGAAUAAUACUUUGCUUGCGACAAAAGAACAUUGCCAAUUUAUAGAAACCAUUCUGAUGAACCUCUUUGGAUGUACGAGGUUCUCGCAAUUUUCUCUGUCUUAGCUAUUGAAAUUUUGUAAAAUUGAUAAAAAUGUUGUGUAGUUUUGAUACCAUGAACUAUUAUGUAGCCUAGACAUAUCAUAUCCAGAUAUUGGUUUUGUGGGUGUACAUUUCAUGUCAUUGAGAUAUAUUAUUUAUGUCAUUGUUAUAGAAGAAUGCACAACGUUCAGUAAACAAACCGUUUUAAAAAUAAAAUGAAGGGAUUUCAAACCCUUUGGUUUUGCAAGUGACCAGCUAUUUAUAAAGGUGUGUUCAGGUCGAAGAGGUGUUUUUGCAAAGUUCAUCUGUCAUAAACUUUUUAUGAAUAGAUGGUCCCUUUUAGGGGUAUUACAAUAUCAUUUAAAGAAAUUUCUUCAAAAGUGUUCAUUCAUGGUUGCGUAAAAAAUUGGGCUAAAUAUACCAGGGAGGCAAGGACUGGCACCCACUCAGGGAACGAGAUUGUGGCGAUUCCCUUUUCCUGGGCGACACCAUCAGUUUCAGUGGUGUUUUUCCGUUCCACGCCAUCAAGAUGGGCGGGAAAACGACUUGCAGAUAUUGAAGUUGUGCUUUCAGACUUCAAUUAUUGACUUCUUGAACUCUUCAAGCGACAAAAGUACACGCAUCUUAACCGCAAAUGUGUGUCACAACUUCAGAUACCGACUUGGUGUUCACCUCAUACUGAUUCUCAUGAGUUUGGGCCAUUUUAACCUUCCCUAAAAUGAUGUAAAUAUUGUUCUGUAUUAAAACAUGUAGUAACAAAAUCACGAAUCUGGAGGUCUCUGUACUGGUACUACCAUUGGCUCUAGGCAUUCUAUGCUGACAUAGACUUCCAAGCUUCAGUGACCUGUGUUGUAGAUAUAUCAUCAUGUUGUACAACAGACUUCAUUAUCCAGAGGUUUUAUGUACCGAGAAAAAGCAAAUAAAUGUAUUUACAUACAA